AUGCCACAGAAACAACCAGGGAAGUCAGUAACCUCAAAGAGUACACUUCCUCCAACAUCCUGGAUUCCUGGUCCCAGUGACCUUGCAAAAGCUCCCCAUGAAGUGCCAUCUGGGUGCUGCAGGAAGUGGAUCAAAGAGACCAAUUCAGCUGGGGUCAGGCUGGCAAAGCAAGGAGGCCGAUCUGACCUGCUGAAGCCCUGUGCUCCUGUGACAAUGAAGUCCUCUCCAGCAGCGUAUGCUGUGCCUGACUGGUACUCACACUGCUCCAAUCCCACAGUGACCGAUGAGCCACGGAGCUGUGUUUCCUCUCUACCAGAUUAUAUGAUUCACAGAGAGUUUAAGGCUGAUGACCAUCACGAUAACAGAUACGAGAGAAGAAGAGGGACUUUUGAUUUUGAUAUGAAAAGUGUUUGGCAGCAAGAUGCUGAGGAUGAAGAAAACACAGGGAAAAAUAAGGUAAAGCUCCCAGCUAUAAACCCUAAAUAUACAGGCAGAAUGACAAAUGUUUCUACAAAGAAGGAAUUUAGUGGGAAAAAUAAGCUCUCCUUCCCACCUAUACCUGCUCAGAGAAAAAGUGAAGCAGUAAACUUUAGCAAAUCAAUUAGCAAUGGUUAUGGGACUGAGUGGUUUCAGCAGUGUACUGGAUGGGAAAAAAAGAUUCAAGAAACGCCAGAAAAUAGUGAGCAGUCCAAAGAUUCAGAGCCAUCACAGUCUGAAUCAGCACCUGCAAGCAACAAGUCAAAGCCACCAUUUCAGGAAU